GGCGUGCGUGAAAGCGCUCUCUCUGGGAGCUUGGAGGAGCUUCCAAAAUGGCUGAGAAGGAGAGGAUGGACGCUGCUAACGAUCUGCCGGCAGCAGCUGCAAACGAAUCUACUGACGAGCACGAUGACCUGGCGGCUCAGCUGGCGGCCAUUCAGGAGAAACUCGAUGGCUACGACGAAGAUGAAGACGACAAUGAAGGCAACGCCGAGGCGCCUGAGCAAGAUGAGCAGCCGAUCCCGCCACCUCCCCCUCCCCCUCCAGCGGCAGGAGCGCCAUCGGACAAGAAGAGAAAAGUGUUGCUGCCGUCGCCCGACGAGGCCUUCAGGACGACCGAGAAGACCUUCCAGCAGUACGUCGACGCGCCGUCCGACCACAGGAGCAAGUUCGCCAAGAUGGAGCACGUUGGCCUCGGUCCCACCCCUGGGGCGGACGGCCGGCAGCCAUCGUCGGGAGCAUCACGGGAUCGUGAGGCGAAGGAGGCUGCCCAGCGGAUCUAUGUGGGCAUCCCCGAGCCGACGUGGCAUGUGGAGCAUCACGACAAGCCGCCGCCACCUGAACCGGGAAGAAAGAAGAGAGACAAGGAGGAAGACGCUGGAGGCGGGAGAGAGAGGGAGAGGGAGCGUGGGCGGGGUGGCGCCAUGAAGCGCGGCCAUGAGCAGCAGCAGCAUGGCGACAAGAAGGAGACGGUCAAGGAUAGGGAGCGGAUCAAGCGGAUGAAGGGGCAGUCGUCGCAGCAUGGGUGGAAGCCUGAGGAGUUCAUGAGACUGAGGCAACAAUUCGACUGACUGACUGAGUGUGGGUUUCGUUCGAUAGUGUCGGUGUGGACGACCUCCACUGGGUGCAUCUCACAUAGUGCACCACUCGGUGGCGGCUGGCCACACCGGCGUCAUCGGACGAAACACUCACACUCACACGCAGAGAGUGGGAUGGGAUCACAUCACACAUGGCGCCUAGCGGACCAGUGAUGUUUUUGCCGUCGUGUCGAGUUGAGCUAUGUUGGUUGUGUGGAUGAGCUGUGUGUGUCUGUUGGCUGCUGUUCCUGUCCCGCUGUCUGAGGGAGAUGGACUGGC